AUGGAGAAGUUUAGAUAUGAUAUACAUUGCCCUACCACUGGAUUGCAGCAAGAGAUUAAGGAUAAGUGGCAUGUUGAUGUGGGUAGGAUGCAAGUGUAUAGGGCAAGGAAAAAGGCUGAGAAAAUAAUUGAUGGUGAUGAUGCAUUUGGGACUAUUGAGUUUGACUCAUAUGCCACAUUGUUAAGUCAAUUUGUGUCACAACCUAGAGAGCCUCAUUUGCUUGCUACCAACAAGGUGCUUCAGUACAUCAAAGAUUGGGCUGGAUGCCCUGACACUAGGAGGUCAUUAACUGGUUAUGCUGUUUUCUUGGGGGAAUCAUUGAUUUCUUGGAGAUCUAAGAAACAUGGAGUUUUUUCAAGGUCCUCAGCUGAAGCUGAGUACAGAGCAAUGGCAAGUGUGGCUUGUGAGAUUACUUGGGUGUUACAUUUACUUAAGGAUAUAAAGAUAGAUCAUGCAAGGCCAGCUAUGUUGUUUUUUGACAAUUAG